ACAGAUGCAUUAUCCAGCCGGAAGGUCACCAAAUUUCUUACAGCACUUGUUUUGCCUAUGGAUUGCUUUCUGUUCAAUUUAUCUCUUAUUAAUUCCUUUUAUUACAUACCAUACGCAACUUGAAUAACUUACAUCUGAUCUGAUCUUCAGCAUUCCUUUUGAGUUACACAACGUGACACAGACUUUUGCUAGAAAUAUUCAGCAUUCCUUUUCAGAUUCUGAUCUUCGAGUUCUAAUGGAUACACUGAAGGCGGUGUACUCUCCCUUUGAAUCAUUUAAACAAAGGUAUGGACAGAUGGAGCGGGCCAUCCUUUCUUCUGAAAUUGCUGGGGUGGAUCUCAGGGGAGCUGUUACUCGUGGUGUGGGUGCCCAGGGGAUUGAACUCAGUGAAACAGUUCGCAGAAUGGAGGAAUCUAUUCCCCAUAUCAUUGUACUUCUUGAGACAGCUGUAGAAAGGUGUAUCAACUUUACUGGUGGUUCUGAGACAGAUGAACUAAAUGAAAUUAUGAGAUUUGGGUUUGGCAAUUAUGAAAUUGUUUAAAUUUUAGUCCAUUGU